UGGACGCAUCCACUUCUGCUCUUUCCUUUCUGGUUGUGAAAGUGAUCAUUGUGAGCACUCUCACCUCGUAUAACCAGAGUUAGUGAGCUGUACAGGAUCCUGACUUGGUGAAGAAGGGAAAUGGAGAACGGUUUGUCCAACACGGGAGACACAAAGCUGGACCAGGCUGUCAAACAGUGGCUGCAGUAUGACAAGAACCCCAAGACUUUGUCAAUGGUGCAGGACCUGGUGAAGGAAGGAGCGGUGGAGGCUCUGAGGAAAUGUUUCUCCUCCAGGAUGGAGUUUGGUACAGCAGGGCUGAGAGCAGCCAUGGGCCCCGGCACGUCUCGUAUGAAUGAUCUCACUAUCAUUCAGACCACACAGGGUUUCUGUCGCUACCUGGAGGAGAGUUUUGCUGACUUGAAGGAGCGAGGGGUGGUGAUUGGGUAUGAUGCCCGGGCUGACCCACCCAGCGGGGGCAGCAGCAAGCGCUUCUCCAACCUGGCUGCAGCUGUGUUCAUCAGCCGCGGGGUGCCGGUCCACCUCUUCUCUGACAUCACCCCCACACCCUUUGUGCCUUUCACAGUUUCACACCUGGGUCUGUGUGCUGGGAUCAUGGUGACGGCUUCUCACAACCCCAAACAGGACAAUGGAUACAAGGUGUACUGGGACAAUGGAGCCCAGAUUGUGUCUCCUCAUGACAAAGGUAUUGCCAAGGCCAUAGAGGAGAACCUGGAGCCCUGGUCUGAGUCCUGGAACACAGAGGAGGCCCGGAAGAGUCCCUUGCUAAAAGAUCCCUAUCAGGACAUUCACACACAAUACUUCAAAGCCAUUCAGACACACUGUCAUCACAGGGACAUAAACAAGAGUUCAGAGGUGAAAAUUGUGCAUACAUCUGUGCACGGAGUUGGCCAUGCAUUUGUCCAGUCAGCUUUCAAGGCCUUUGACCUUCACCCUCCAUACGCUGUAGAGGAACAGAAAGAUCCAGACCCCGAAUUCCCCACGGUCAAAUAUCCCAAUCCCGAGGAAGGAGAGGGAGUCCUGACACUGUCGUUUGCACUGGCAGAGAAGGAGGGAGCCACUGUUGUGUUGGCAAAUGACCCAGAUGCUGAUCGACUGGCCAUCGCUGAGAAGCAGGAGAGCGGACAGUGGCGAGUGUUCAGUGGUAAUGAGUUGGGAGCCUUGCUCGGCUGGUGGAUGUUCCGCUGCUGGAAACAGCAAAACUCUGACGCGGCUGCUGUUAAAAACGUCUACAUGCUGUCGAGCACCGUCUCAUCCAAAAUACUGCGCGCCAUCGCUCUCAAGGAAGGCUUCCACUUUGAGGAAACAUUGACAGGGUUCAAGUGGAUGGGAAACAGAGCCAAAGACCUGUUGGACCAGGGCAAGACUGUUCUGUUUGCCUUUGAGGAGGCCAUAGGGUAUAUGUGUAGUCCCUCUGUAUUGGACAAGGAUGGCGUGAGUGCUGCCGCCAUAGCAGGAGAGAUGAUUUCCUACCUGGCCACGAAAAAAACAAACCUUUCUCAACAACUUACUGCCAUCUAUGAAGAGUACGGCUACCACAUCACUAAGAACUCGUAUUUCAUCUGCCAUGACCAGGAUGUGAUCCGCAGCUUGUUCGAGCGCCUGCGCAACUACAGUGGGCAGAAGGAAUCGUAUCCCACUGAAUGUGGUCGCUUCUCAAUCUCUGCUGUACGAGACUUGACCACCGGGUACGACAGCAACCAGUCCGACAAAAAAGCUGUUCUUCCCACCUCCAGGUCCAGUCAGAUGAUCACUUUCACCUUCUCUAACGGGGGUGUUGCCACCAUGAGGACCAGUGGCACUGAACCAAAAAUCAAAUACUAUACUGAACUCUGUGCUGCUCCUGGAAACAGUGACAUGAAGCACCUGAAGAAGGAGUUGGAUGACUUGGUUGAUGCCAUUAUUGAAAACUUCUUUGAGCCAGAGAAGAACAAGCUGCAGCCCAAGCCGGAGUAGCACCGCUAGACAAACAUUCACAUACAGGACCAGUAACUAACCAGCAUUUCACAUCAUGUCUUAACUACUCCAGAAGGGAUUCUUAAUUUAAUACAAUCACUUUAAUGACAAUUUUACCAAUGUGUUUUCUGCCAGUCAGACCACAGAUACUGUUACAUACUGAUGAGUAUGUGUGUUUUAUUUGAAACAUUGGCAGAGUUAACAGCAGCCUCUCACCUCCACUUUGAGUUUGUUAUUUAGCCAUGCAUCUGUUUUGGGGGAUCCAGAACCAGUUUGACUCCCAGCAGUCACAAUAUGCCACAGCUACAUGUUUUGGAUUGAGAUUACCUUUGGUGCUGGAGAUUUUAAACCAUGACUGUAAAAUGUUGAAAGCCGCAGUCAUUCCUCCUGUUUCACUGUGGUGUUCACAUACACGCAUUGCUUUAAGAUGUAUUUAUGCAUCCCACACUGCUACAGCAUCAACUACAAGGCUGCUAAUAUGAAGAGUUACCAAGAUUUACAAGUAAAUGGGAAGUGGUAAAACUGAUAUUGUAACUUUAAAACUAGCUUUGUCUUUAAUGGAUGUUGUAAACUGCUGUCAAUGUGUUAAUGUGUUAAUGUGUUAACGUCCUAGAUAAUAGCAAGCUACGACAUUGAAAGUGGCAGAUGAAUAUAUUUUUAAGUUUUAAAAGCUGUCAUUCCAGAGUUGCUAAUUUGUAAAAUGACCAAGCCUAAAAGCUUAGAGCACCACCAAGUGGAGAUAUUGCACAUUAUUUUUUUUGCACUGGGACUCUGGACACCACAAUGCUGAAUCUUAAACUAAGACUCUUCUGCUUCCCAGGAUUUUAGUGAUGUUGACAAUUGUUGUGUAAUUACCAACUCACCUUUCCUUAUGUGCCUCAUAUUGAAAAUGCUGUCCUGAAAAUACAAUUCAAUAAAAAAAACAGUUUCUAACAGUACAA